AUGGUCGCCGUCGGCGCCGAGGGCCGCGCGAAGCUCGACUCGUGCAUCGCCCGGCUCGUGGGCGUCAAGGACGACAAGCCGGGCACGGAGGUGAACCUCGCCGAGGACGAGCUCAUGUGGAUCGCGCGGACGGCGCGCGCGGUCUUCCUCGAGCAGCCCAUGCUCCUCGAGCUCAACGCGCCGAUCAACAUCUGCGGCGACACGCACGGCCAGUACCACGACCUGCUGCGCCUCUUCGAGAUGGGCGGCUUCCCGCCGGCGUCGAACUACGUCUUCCUCGGCGACUACGUCGACCGC